UUUUUAUGACAAAGUAUGAAAAGUCAAGUUGCACAGUUCAGUGUCCUUAUUUACUUAAUCAUACAAUUAAAAACCUAUUUUCUGUUGAUCUGUUAUCUAAAAACAUUAUUUGUAAUAGACAAUAAGAUAAACUACGCUAUACAAGAUCUACAAAUUCAUCUGGUCAAUUGGUGUGGGGCCCUGAAAUACCUUUUGCAUAGUUCGGAUUACUUGACGAGAUGUGGGCAUGGGAACCUGAGACAUUCACCCGCCGAGUGGAAUAUCCUUCGCCAUUUCACGACGGUUAACGACACUCCGAUGGACCCUUGGCAACAGUUUCCAACGGAGGAGAACAUCGGCGAUCCCCCAAGAAGGAGAAGAUUCUGGGCCAGGCAAAGGAGGGAAAACCAAAGAGGUACCGAAUUGACUUGGAGGAUAUCUCUCCCCCAGGUCGGACCGGUAUCGGCAAGAGAAUCCUGGCAAACAGUGAGAAAAACAAUAAGCCUCCUAGGCGUGCGAACCAGCGAUGCUUACCUCUGACGUACUUGCAAGCGAUAACAAUACCUAGAACGGUCACGGCCCCAAUUACGAAAAAUAAACACAAUUAAAUAACUAUA